ACGUUAAAAAACUCGCACUAACCACACAGGAUGUUGCUAUUAAAAACGAUCCCCAUUUAUCGAUUCUGCUCACCUAAAUAUAGAAAGAUAACUCUUAACAUUAUAAAUUGUGUAAAAUUUCUUAUCGCACAAACAGCUUCUGCCCACGGUCACAUAUGGGUGUGCGUAGUUUAAGACUUCAAUAUCAUAAACUGUAAAACUGUGUGUGUGAAAUUAUGCGGUUUCUUAAGAGUUCACCUAGAAAAAGCGAAGAUGAUCUGUCAACACAGAGCUCUUUGAGGUCAAUGGAUAGUUGUGAAUUAUUCGGGAGUGCCUGCUCUGACUAUUCUGACUGUGAGUACUGUGAUGAGAGAAGACGACAGAUUAAAAAAAAGUAUUCACCAAGUGACAGCUACUGUAGUGCAAUGAGUCGUUUGGAAACGACCCCUUUGCUUGGAGUACUGGCAACAAGACCGGCCUACAAAUCCUUGGGAGACAGCACGGAUACACUGGGUCCCGGAGAGGUUUCCUCAGAUGCCGUAUUAUCUACUUACAAGAAAAAUUUCGAAAAAACUGUCAAAAAUGAAAAUAAGAAGCAAAGCUCUUUAGUUACAAUUUUUUCAAUAUGGAACACGAUAAUGGGGUCGUCGCUACUGACCAUGGCGUGGGGCGUCGAGCGGGCUGGUCUCCCGGCCGCUCUGGUCCUGGUCGCAGUAAUGGCGGCCUUGUGUCUUUACACCGCCUACAUAUUGAUCUCAGUAAACGCUUAUCACGGUAGCGACACGUGCUCGGUGCAGGCGCUGUGCCGGCUGCUGCUGGGCGGCUGGGCGGAGGCGCUGGCGCACGUGUUCAGCGUGCUGGUACUCCUCGGAGCGAACAUCGUAUACUGGAUACUCAUCACCAACUUCUUUUACUUCACCGUUAAUUAUUUUAUAGAUCUAAGUGUGUCGAACGCAACCGAAUACAACACGACCCUGCUAUGUCCGAAUCAAAUAGUUAACGAGUCGUUAAUGAUUCCGAGCCCCGCGGAGGAGUCUCGGUACUGGGGGCUCCACACGACGGCGCCUCUAUACACGGCCCUCAUUGUCUUCCCGCUCUUAAACUUCAGAAACGUUUCGUUCUUCACUAAAUUCAAUUCUUUAGGAACCCUAUCGGUGUUCUACCUCUUGAUCUUCGUAACGGUCAAAGGCUACGCGUGGGGCAUCAACAUGGGCGCGCUGUGGUCAGAGACCCACGCCGCCAGGAACGCGGCCGUUCUGAGCGGCAUGCUGGCCCUAUCUUUCUACAUCCACAACAUCAUUAUAGAGAUCAUGAGUAAUAACGCAAGGCAAGACAAAAAUGGCAGGGAUCUAACCAUAGCCUUCGUGCUGGUCACGAUCACGUACACGAUGGUUGGCGCCGUCUUCUACGUCUGCUUCCCGCUCGCCAAGUCCUGCAUUGAAGACAACAUUCUGAACAACUUCGAGCGUCACGACGUAAUGACCGCCGUGGCCAGAGUUCUGUUGCUCUUCCAGGUCGUGACGGUGUACCCGCUGGUGGCGUACAUGCUGCGUACGGAGGCGGCCAUCUUGUUGUCGUUGCGAGACACGCCCGCCCUUAUGUUGCUCGUCAACGUGUGCAUAGUUGUCAUGUGCAUAUUGUUCGCGUGCUUCUGCCCUAAUAUAGGGACAAUUAUAAGGUACACGGGCGCGCUGAGCGGGCUGGUGCACGUGUUCGCGCUGCCGGCCGCGCUGCACGUGCGCUCGCUGCACCUGCGCGGGGAGCUCGCGCACUGGAUGACGUUACUCUACUGUCUCCUCGUGCUCGCCGGGGCCGCCAACCUGCUAAUGCAAUUCUUCAUUACCGACGUCGAUAUGAGAACAUAUCGCACAUACGGUGCAAUAACGUCACUUAAGCAAAUGUAACUUUUCAGGAGUAACGUUGGAAAAUUCAACAUCCUAUUCAUAUAGAAAUAAAAUUAUAAUAUUUAAACUACAACUUUAAACUUCAUCAGUAAAAACAAACAUCUCUCUCAUCUCACUAAUAACUAUAAAAAAAUGUGUAUUUUUCCAUACUCAGAUCAGUGCUAACACAAAUUGCAUAAGUGACUUUAUAGCACAGUAUGUGCGAUAUGUGUAUAUACACCAAAGAUAAUAUGGUACCUAUAGAUAAUAAAAACCUAGUUUUAAUUUUUACACAUUACACAAAGUAUGAAUGUUAAGUUUGAUUUUUGUUUUCAAAGUAAUAACUUUUUGAAGUGAAAACUUCUUUAGAAUCGUUGUGAUUUCAAACCGGAUGCAACGGAAAAAACGACAGGUAAGAGACAGAAAUAUACAUACUAUUUAAUACAGCGCCAUCUGUGAGAUUUUUUAAUACUAACGUGUGUAUGAAAGCUCUUGUAGUGAAUUUUAAUUUAGGAUUAUUCGUGAAAUUAAAAUAUCAAUUCACAGAGGGCGCUACCUUACAAUUAUUUACUAAUGACAAAAUUUUACAUAUACUUAAGACGUUUAGGAUAAUUGUAUUUUAAUUUUAGAAGGUUUCACUUCUACCACGUGUGAAUUGCACACAUGUAUUUUUUUUUCUUAUCUUUGACGAUAAUUACAUUGUUCACUAACACAUUAUUGUACUUCCUACACAUAUAAUACUGUUAUCACUUCACUAGAUAAUAUAAAACAAAGUCGCUUUCUCUGUCUCUAUAUCCCUAUGUAUGCUUAAAUCUUUAAAAGUACGCAACGGAUUUUGAUGCGGUUUUGUUUAAUAGAUAGAGUGAUUGAAGAGGGAGUUUUAUAUGUAUAAUAACAUCCAUUAAAUAGUGGAGAAAUCAAUAAUAAAUUACAGUUUCCGAAGCGAAGCGAGGGCGGGUCGCUAGUAUAUAGGUACAUAAAGGAUGUUAUUGUGUAUAAUAUCACAGGUUAACAUGUUCACUGCGGUGCGAGGCCAUAAUGAGCAAUGAGUACUUUAUAUUGCGUGCGUUAAUAAAAGUACUUAUUCCGUAAAACCAUGUCGUUCUAAUCCGAGACUAUGUUAGGAAUGUUUUGACCUCACAACACUGAAACAAUGCUUUUGAGCUUUUUUAUUGCUUAGAUCGGUGGACGAGCUCACAGCCCACCUGGUGUUUAGUGGUUACCGGAGCUCAGACAUCUAUAACGUAAAUGCACCACCCACCUUGACAUAUAAGUUCUAAGGUCUCAGUAUAGUUAAAACGGCUGCCCCACCCUUCAAACUGAAACGCAUUACUGCUUCACGGCAGAAAUAGGCAGGGCGGUGGUACCUACCCGUGCGGACUCACAAGAGGUCCUAUCACCAGGAAUUACGCAAAUUAUAAUUUUGCGGGUUUGAUUUUUAUUACACGAUGUUAUUCCUUCACCGUGGAAGUCAAUCGUGAACAUUUGUUAAGUACGUUGUUUCAAAGCUGAUGAAUGUAGAUUGCGUAGUAUAGCACACCAAAGUCGGUCACCACCAAAAAUUCACGGAGUUACUUCUGGGGUUCUGAUCCAAGAGUGGAGGAGACUUGUAACGCGGAAUACUUAUCCGAUGCGAAUCCUCAAGUCAUAACUUUUUUUUGCCCUUGUGGGCAGACGAGCAUACGGCCCACCUGAUGGUGAGUGGUUACCGUCGCCCAUGCACCUCAGCAAUGCCAGGGGCAGAGCCAGGCCACUGCCUACCGCUUAAUACUCUCCACAAGCCUCGUUUGAAGAAGGACACGUCAUAGCGCUCAGGAAACACCGUUGAAGGGAGCUCGUUCCAUAGCCGGAUGGUACGUGGCAAAAAAGACCUCUGGAAACGCACUGUCGAUGAACGCAGCGGUUCCAGAUAAUAUGGAUGAACUCUGCUCCGAUGGCGGGAGGUGCGAUGAUAAAAAGGAGAUGAGGCAUCAUCUCGAACAACAGUUGUGUAGAACACCGAAGUCGGCCAGCACCAAAAGUUCACGGAGUUACUUCUUUUCCUUUCCGUUCUACUUCAGUUCCAGGAGUGGAGGAGACUCUUGUAACGCGGAAUACUUAUCCGAUGCGAAUCCUCAUGUCUUAUACAUCCUGUCCUAUAUAAAAAGUCCGUAACAUAUUAUUAUAUUUUUCUAAACUUCCUUUAAAUGUUUUUAUAUAAAAUAAUAAAUAAUGAGAUUGAUUCUAGCUAUCAUCUUUCCAAAUUUUCAUUUAAAUGUAGUCGUAUUUCCGCGCGUUCUAAACAGACCUUACACAUGUCCGCGGCUCGAACGAAAUACGCUUCUAACUCUUUUGUCCGUAGAUCUUGUAGAUUGUAUGAUACUAAGUUCUCUAAUGCUGACAUCUUUUGCUUGUCACUUGUAGCAUAUAGAAAAGCUAUUUUAAAAUGUUUAUAAGGUGAUUUAGUCCGAUGAUUAUUCUCUUAUAGUUUAAGUUGAUGUACAAAAUAAUAUGUGGGUAUUGUGUUGCUUUUGUUUUUUUGUAACUUUAUAUAUAUGUGAUUUUGAUUGUGGAAACAUAUUUGGUUAUUGUUUUAGCUGUUUUUUUUAAAUAUUAUAUGUUUGUAUUGUACUGUUUGUUUCCCAAAUAAAUAAAUAAAUAAUAAAAUUUGGUGCUACAAUGAUUCAAUUUUUUUAUUAGUAGCUAGGUGUUCAAUGUCCUAAAGCACACCUAGAUACUAACUACGCUACUAAAAUAAUUCGAAUAAUCUAGUCAUAAUUAAUAUUAUUGGACAUGUAAAUAAAACGUUUGUGUUUUUAUAUUAUAUGUAUAUUUGUUUAUUUUAAAAUAUUAUUUAAAAAAAAAGAGCUGCAUCGCCUUUGGCUUUUAUUGUAUAAAAAUAUUUUUUGUUUUGUGAUUAAAAAAUAACACACAAUAGAAAA